AUGUUUAAUAUGGACAGUGUAAAGAUUCAGAAAAUUCAGCUCUUUCGAGAUCAUCUGGCAGUAUUCGAGCGUGAACAGGGACUGCACAAGAUAACAGUUCAUAGGCUUCCCGCUGAGGGGGAGCCUCUGAACUGUCUUGAAGCUGUUCGUAGUGUUAGCUUUAUUGAUCCGGUCUACUCAGUUGACUCAACAGAGUCUGAAUUUUCGUCCAGUGUUUUAAGGUUCCGCUACAGCUCGUUGAAGACACCUCCCUCUGUUUAUGACUAUGACAUGGAUAGUGACACUUCCGUUGUCAAGAAGAUUGAUACAGUACUGGGAGGUUUUGAUGCGUCGAACUAUGUUACAGAAAGGAAAUGGGUCACUGCAGCUGACGGAACUCAAAUUCCAAUGUCUAUUGUUUAUAACAAAAACCUUGCAAAGCUCGAUGGGUCUGAUCCAUGUCUGCUAUAUGGAUAUGGUUCAUACGAGAUUUCUGUGAGUCCAUAUUUCAAGGCAUCAAGGUUAUCCUUGUUAGACCGUGGUUUUAUCUACGUAAUUGCACAUGUUCGUGGGGGUGGUGAAAUGGGGAGACAGUGGUACGAGAACGGGAAGCUGUUGAAAAAUAAAAACACGUUCACUGAUUUUAUUGCUUGUGCGGAAGCUUUAAUAGAACUUAAGUAUUGCUCAAAGGAAAAGCUGUGUGUCGAAGGGAGAAGUGCUGGUGGCCUGCUGAUGGGUGCUGUUCUUAACAUGAGGCCUGACUUAUUCAAGGUGGUUGUCGCCGGAGUUCCUUUUGUAGAUGCUUUGACAACUAUGCUGGACCCAACUAUUUCGCUUACGACAUCAGAAUGGGAGGAGUGGGGUGACCCCAUGAAGGAAGAAUAUUACUUCUAUAUGAAGUCAUAUUCACCUGUUGUCAAUGUGAGUAUAUUACCUCUUUUUGAUCCAAGGGUCAUGUACUCUGAACCAGCUCAGUUCGUGGCUAAACUGAGAGAAAUGAAGACUGACAACUUACUUUUAUUCAAAUGUGAGCUUGGUGCUGGACAUUUCUCCAAAUCUGGGAGGAAAAAACGCACCGUUUUGCUCUGGCGAAAAAUUAGGCAAAAAAGUGCGAUUUGGGGAUUUCGGUUCGAAAGUGAUGGUUACGGUGGUUCCACCGGAUCUACCUACCUCUCCGGUGAGCGUAGAUACUUCUAA